CAGUUCAUAUGAACAAAUACCACAUACGAAAUUGGAAAUUUUAUAUACGGAAGCUUACUUAGUAAACUAAAAAUAGAAACCGGUUGAUUUUAACAAAGCGUACAUGAAAUGAUGAUAAAUAUAAACCAGGAAGAUAAUAAAACUGAUUACAUUGUUUAGCAGGUCAUAACAUGUAUCCAUAAGAAUCGAAAAUAUGAGCGUUCAGUGUAGUGCUGAUGGAUCAAAGAGUAAGGUUUAUACAUUUCCAACGGACAAUAUCGUCGCUGAUGUAGACUCAGGAUCCAAAGUCUAUUGUAGUGGCCAGUUCGGAGGUUUUGCAGAAAAUCGAGGCGUUUUCCAUAAUGAAAGUAAAAACAACAUUUCUCAAAACAUGCAAAAUGAAUAUAUUGGUUCGGUUGUACAGACCACAAUAAGACAACAUCAAAAUGGGAUAAUCAGUUAUCAAGGAUUUGUCGCACAUACAGAUGAACAUGCAAAUGAACUAAUUGAAAAGAAACAACAAUUGCUGUUCACACGAAAACAAAUUGGUGACGGAAACGAAAAGCGGAGUAAUCGUGCAAAGUUUAGAUCUUACUCAAAAUUGACAAUUCGGAAACAAUCCUUUAUUGGUUGGCAAUCAACGUGCACGUUACCAAUAUGGAUGUUUGCUAUGGCAGGUUUCUUUUACAAAGGAUUUGCCGACAUCGUGGCUUGUUUUGAGUGUGGUCUGGUACAUAGACGAUGGCAGAAAGAUGACGAUCCUGUCAAAACACAUAAUCUAUUACAACCAGACUGUCCAUAUAUAAUAGAUCUGAUAGCAGAUGGCAUUCAGUCGUGUGUAGACCUUCACAAGUUUGAAUCCAACAGUUGUGAACAGAAUAUCGAAAUGAAUGAUGCUUCUGAUAGAAAUAAGUACGUAGCAAUUACGUCUUUGUCUUCAAGUUCACUAGACACAACGACAGAUGAGAGACUGCAGUGCAAAGUUUGUCUAACAAAUCCACUGCAGAUAACAAUCCAACCAUGUGGCCAUUUUUCAUUGUGUGAAUCCUGUUAUACACAUCUAAAAUAUGAAAACAACAGAUGUCCAAUUUGCAGAGGACCAAUAAAAAAUACCAUUCGAACAUACGUUCCGUAAGAACAUUUCAGAAUAUAAAAAAUAUGUUAUAUCUCCAGCUAUAGAAAAAAAAGACAAAAACAAACAUUAAACUUUAUAUAGGCUUUGGUUUUUGAACGCUUUUGUUAUAGAUAAUGAAAAUGUUUGCAAAUGUUAUACACUCUAAUCAAAGACGAUUUGAAAAUAGUAACAAAGAGACUAUGUGUUUCUUGAGUACUAAUUAUAUCUCAAUUUGUUAGAUUUGUACUUUAUUUGGAAAGUUCGUAUAAUUGUGUAAUUAUAUAUGUUUUCUGGCGUGCAAAAGAUUAAUCCUGGUAUUUUAAUAUGAUGGGUUUAUUUAAUAAAGUAUUGAAGAAUA